UCCAGGAUGCCUCUGGCUUAAAAAAUCAUGUUUUGACACAUUGAAGUCUUAGUUGCCUUAAGAAGAAGAAAUUCUUGGCCAACUUAAAAUUCGUUAUGAUCAUCUACAAAUUGUUGCCAUUCGCGAAACAAAGAUGGUGUCCAUUUCUCACGUUACUGCGGUUUACAUCUGAAGGGAUACGCAAUUUUGUUUUAAGCCUUUGGUGACCUCUUUCAUGCUGAUCUGCUCCAGGUGCUACGCGAGUCUCAUCGUAAUGUCCAUCUUGUGUGCACCAUUCAAUCAUCGCAUUGGAACAUAAACAAGCAGAUGUAACCGACAUUUCUAAGUUUAGGCCCAUCUCUUUGCUUGGUCUUCCUCGACGGGCCAUUGCAAGACUUUUAGCUUCAACCUAUUAUGCCUAUGUUGGUGGCCGACUCGCAAAAUGCUUUCAUCCUCAAAAAGACUCUUCUUGAUGGGCUUAUUAUUGCUUCGAAAAUGUUCCUCUCCAUCUCCACAAAUCACAUGUCAACGUUCAUGUUGCAGAUGGAUCUACAUAAAGCAUUUGACAUGUUAUCUUGAACCUUUUUUUUUUCAAGUCUUCACCCAUAUAGGUUUCAAGAACGGUGGUUUUGUUGGAUGAAAUAGCUCAUUACUAGAAUCAAGGUCAUGGUGUGUAUUAAUGGUUCAUGUAGCCCCACAUUUUGUAUGCAGAGAGGCUCGCGUUAAGGUUGUCCAUUUCCCUCCUUCCUCUUUAACCACGCUAUUGAAGGGAGCUCUCGGCCUCAUACUGAAGGCGUAUAUACCCUGUAUGUUGCAUAAAGCACAUUAUAUGGUCCCUUCUUAGGCCUUCCCAUACGGGGAAAAGGAUUUCGAGGGCGUAUCUUGGAAAGGCAUAGCAGAGGCACACUUGGAUGGCACGAUGGGGCGUCGCGAGCUUGCUUGGCAGGCACCAGCUUUCCUGUCACCACCAUCAUUUCUGCUUCCGACCAACAAGUCCGCCGUCCACCCUGAGGAAGGCAAGGCCAGCGACCAGCCUCUCCUUCGUCACCAAUAGCGCCAGAGACACCUCUCUUGUCUCUUCCCUGAGUGGCGCCCAGAAGGAGCAAGUAUCACUCUAUGUGGACGCCCUUUUGGAGUGGAAUCAGCGAAUGAACCUUACUGCUGUGACCGAACCGAGUGAUGUCAUGAAAAGGCAUGUGGAGGACUCUCUUGCCAUCCUUCCUGUAAUUCAGAACGACUACGCCGCCCAUUGCUCCACCGCCAACGAUGGGCUCAAUGUCGUGGACGUCGGGAGUGGUGCUGGUUUGCCCGGUGUUGUCUUGGCGAUUGCCUGCCCAGAUUGGAAAGUGACCCUGUUAGAGUCUAUGCAUAAAAGAUGCCUCUUUCUGGAGCAUGUUGUGAAGCACUUAGACUUGUCAAAUGUACAAGUUGUUCGUGGCAGGGCUGAGAGUAUUGGUAAGACCAUAGAUUUCAGGGAGGCAUUUGAUGUGGCUGUGGCAAGAGCAGUAGCAGAACUAAGAAUUUUAGCUGAGUACUGCAUUCCUCUGGUUCGAGUUGGUGGAUUGUUUGUAGCAGCCAAAGGAUACAACCCUCAGGAAGAAGUUGAAACUGCAAAGAAAGCAAUUAGAUUAAUGGGCUCCUCCAUAUUACAUCUUCAUUCUGUGCAGUCUGAAGGGCCAUACGGACAAAGAACUGCCCUUGUAUGCUUAAAGCAGCAUCCUACCCCUAGCAAGUAUCCUCGUCAACCUGGUGUGCCAGCAAAGAUGCCCUUGUAAUGAGUCAGAACAUUGUCUUUUAUCAAAUCUAUCAACUAUUUUGUUAAUGAAAGUGCUCAUAUAAGUGUGUAACAGUCAAUUGUAAACAAUGAGCUUAUAAGCGGAUUUGCUGGUUUCCAAUGAUGAAACGCCUCAAUCACUAUUGCUGUACGUGGAGUUUCACAAGUUGAUUCAACUACAGGCCAAGGAAGAGCCUUUUCCUGCAUGAGAACAGCACGUGGCUCUUGAUGUGCAUCUGUUACAUGGAACAAGCCAUUUAAUUGGAAAUCCAGAACUCUUGAUUCGUUUCCAGUUCCAUGUAAAUUUGGCACCCAUUUCUCCAAGAUGGUGGACGUCAUCGCUACCAAUGGCAACUAGACAAAGAAUUGCAGUGUGACCCUGUGACGGUACUUGCUGCUGAAAUUUAGUUGCAAUAGUUCUGAAGGCCCUGGUUUCUGAGAAAUAACUGUGCUUCAUUUAGUUGGUCUCAGAGGAAUACGCGUGCUUCAUUUAGUUCUCAGUAUAUGUGGCAGGCCAUACGGUUACUCUUUUAGUUAUUUUUUAUUAUAUGAAGAAAUGGAAGCCUGAUGAUUGGUCUUUUUCCUUGCAAAAGCGGCAAACGUUGCGAAGUGAAAAACUACGAAAAGCAAGUGGUCGUUUUUUUUGGUCUUGAAUUCUCUUCAGAGCAGCUGGGAACCUCCACAAUGUAUUACCUCCUCAACGUGACGACAUACAUCAUGCUUUGGCUUGAGCAAGGAGGUGACAUGGCGACGCCCCUCCUCACUAUGGCAACUGCUUGGGAUUUUAUUUCUGCAGAAAACAAGAAGUUCUCUCCAUUCUUUUAAACCCUGUUUACAACUUCAUCGCCCGUAUGCAUGUGCUUAUGUCAAAUUCAGGCAAACUUUUCAUUCAUCUCUUAGAAGGGCAAAUUGCAAGAAAAAAGAAAAUGUCUGAGCUAAGUGCUUCAA